CGAGCACGGGAGGGGGAGACAGAAGGCGGUGUUUAUUUCCCUAAUAUAUUUAUUUAUCUUAUUCCCCCUGCCGCACGAUCUAAAAUAUAUUUUUUUUAUGUGAAGAAAAGCGCUCUGCGUUGGUUUUCAUUAGCGUGAGGGAUCGCUUUUCCCGUUUAUGCCCCCCUCAUAGACUUGGGGGCUCUUUUCUUGUUCACCCUGAACUUCCCGUUGCAAGAAGUGCAUAGAGAGAGAGAGAGAAAGCGAGCUGCAGGAAAAAGGAACAUCACGCACGGGGUGUCGUUUUGAACGCAGUUGUUCCUCUACGUCCAGGCACUCGCCCGUAAAACGGAUUUUUACGCUGUAUUCCUAACCGAAGCCGUUGCGCGAUUUGCUUUAGCCGCGUGUAAAACAGUCUGCGAAGCGGCGGUUUCCUGCACGGGGAAUUUAAUGGGAGUCUUGUAUCGAUAAAGCUCCUCUCCCCCCCUUGACGGACCCUCGCUCGAACCGAACCGGACUCGGGCGCUGUCCUCACCGGGGGGUGUCCGAUCUAACUUACAUUUUUGACUGCGAAAAGCAAGCAAAGGCGCGUCGCUCUGGCCGUCUUUUGUGGAGCCGAAUAUGGCAGGAAAUCUGAAGAAAGGUGGGGGGCUUAUUGGCAUGAUGAAGGACGCUUUUCAGCCUCACCAUCACCUACAUCACUCCCAUCACCAGCCCGGGGCCGUGGACAAGAAGACGGUGGAGAAAUGCUGGAAAUUCAUGGACAAGGUGGUGAGGUUAUGCCAGAACCCCAAGCUGGCUCUGAAGAACAGUCCUCCAUACAUCCUGGAUCUGCUGCCAGACACUUACCAGCAUCUCCGCACCAUCAUGUCACGCUAUGAAGGCAAGAUGGAAACAUUGGGAGACAAUGAGUACUUUCGUGUUUUUAUGGAGAAUUUGACUAAGAAGACCAAACAGACCAUAAGUCUGUUCAAGGACGGCAAAGAGCGAAUGUUUGAGGAGAAUUCCCAGCCCAGACGGAACUUGACAAAAUUGUCGCUGAUAUUCAGUCACAUGCUUGCAGAGCUCAAAGCUAUCUUUCCCAAUGGGCUUUUUCAAGGAGAUAACUUCAGAAUCACAAAAGCAGAUGCUGCAGAGUUCUGGAGAAGAUCGUUCGGGGACAAGACCAUUGUGCCUUGGAAGGUGUUCCGGCAAGCCCUGCAUGAAUUCCACCCCAUCAGCUCAGGCCUGGAGGCCAUGGCUCUCAAAUCCACUAUUGACCUCACCUGCAACGACUACAUCUCCGUCUUCGAGUUCGACAUCUUCACCAGGCUUUUCCAGCCAUGGUCAUCAUUGUUGAGAAACUGGAACAGCCUGGCAGUGACUCAUCCGGGGUACAUGGCCUUUCUCACCUAUGAUGAAGUCAAAGCCCGCCUGCAAAAAUUUAUCCACAAGCCCGGCAGCUAUAUCUUCAGGCUGAGCUGUACACGGCUCGGCCAGUGGGCUAUCGGUUACGUCACGGCUGAUGGGAACAUCUUACAGACCAUUCCUCACAACAAACCCCUCUUCCAGGCCCUUAUCGAUGGCUUUCGGGAAGGAUUCUACCUUUUCCCUGAUGGCCGCACUCAGAACCCAGACCUCACGGGACUGUGUGAGCCCUCCCCUCAAGAUCAUAUCAAAGUCACGCAGGAGCAGUAUGAGCUUUACUGCGAGAUGGGCUCCACCUUCCAGCUGUGCAAGAUCUGCGCAGAGAACGACAAGGAUGUGAAGAUCGAGCCGUGUGGCCAUCUCAUGUGCACUUCCUGUCUCACAGCCUGGCAGGAGUCUGAAGGCCAGGGCUGCCCGUUCUGUCGCUGUGAAAUCAAGGGCACUGAGCCCAUCGUCGUUGAUCCCUUUGACCCCAAGGAUCCCAACAGCGGAGGCUCCUAUGGAGGCUGCAGGGGUACGUUUGGUGCGGAGGGGGCCCCAUCACCCAGUUAUGAUGACGACGACGAUGAUCGAUUGGAGGACUCUCCUUUCAUGAUUAGCAAGCUGGUUGGUGCUAGAGUGGAGAGGCCACCCUCACCGCUGUCAGUCGCCCCCCAGUCUACUGUUCCCCCAGUACCUCCCCGCCUGGAUCUCCCCCAGAGACCCAACAACUCUCCUGGGGCUUCCAGUCCAGGGGCCACAUCCAAGGCUUCCUCUCUUCACAAAGACAAGCCUUUGCCCCUCCCUCCAGCUUUAAGGGAUCUUCCCCCUCCUCCUCCCCCAGACCGGCCACACCCAGCUGUUCCUGACAACCGACUCCCGAGACGUCCUCUCCCAAGCACACCUGGAGAUUCUUCUCGGGACAAACUGCCCCCUGCCCCACCCAACCGCAGCAUGCCAGAGUGGAACUCGCGGCCCGUACCCAAAGCCCCAUCCCAGCCACCAGCGACCGGAGAUUCCCGCGUUUCUCGAGAACUCUCUAACCGGCACUCUCUGCCCCUGCAACUGCCCUCUACUCUUGAUGGCAGAGCCGAAUCCCCAAGAAACAAUGGUCCACCCAGUCUCGACCAUCAACUGAGUUUUGGAUCAUCUCUCGCUGGUUCUGACUAUGACUGCCCCAAAGUGAAGCCAUCUGCCUCAGCUAACGCCAUCUAUUCCCUGGCAAUCAGGCCAGGAGGAGUCAAGCCUCAGACGGGUGAGGACGCCCGCGAGAAUGACGAGGAGUCUGAAUACAUGACACCAAGUUCUCUACCAGUGCUGCCCUCUGCUGCAGGGGAGGUUGUACCCAGACCCCCACCACCUACCAGGAACAUGCUUAAUGAAAUCGAGUCGGAUCCACAGAUGUAUGAAGCAAUGUACAACAUCCAAGCUCAGGCUUCCACCGCCUCCGGGCCACAUCAGACCAGAGACUCAGAUUACUCAGAAUUGCCUCCUUUGACCUGCUCAAACGGACCGAGGGAUCCCGUUGGCGUGUGUGAGGAGGAAGAAGCAGAAAAUAGCUACGACUACCCCAAGUCCAUUCUACCCGUUUUCUCAGCUCGACGCACACUGUCCGACACCAAUCCCACGUCUACUAGCUUCAACCGAUUUUCAAUAGACAGUGAGCUCGGUGCUGCAGCAACCGUCACGGACCCUUCUGAAGCCCCCGAGCGGCCUCCCAAGCCUCUUCCCCGUCGCAUCAGCUCUGAACGCAGGCCCAGUCCUGUUCCCCCUGGAGCAAGUCCAGGACCCAGCCAGCAGAUCAGCAGUGAGAUCGAGCACCUCUUGAGCCAGGGCUACUCCCAGCAGGACAUCCAAAAAGCCCUUAUGAUUGCACAGAACAAUAUCGAGAUGGCCAAGAACAUCCUGAGGGAGUUUGUGUCCAUCCCCUCCACCGCACAUAUUUUAACAUAACAAACCCUCUCCGAGCGCCCGUGGUGGCCCAGCUUCGCUCAUGUUCGUCUUGGACUCCAGAAGAGAGGGGCGCGUUACUCCACCGCUACUUCUAGCUCCAGUAACGGCGAGUCUCUUUCUCUGUGACAACUUUUGGAUUCUCUAUCCUCCUUUGUGCGCGCGGAGGAGCGCGCGAGGGGUUCGUCGUCGCAACCGAUUCGUCGGCCAGAAGCUUCACCAGUCUUGGUCUCGAGGCAUCGCAUGUCCCACGAGGCUUUCCGUGAAACCUAACAAGGACAAUAACUUAAAAAUAAAAGACAAGAACAUGUAUGUGUUUAUACAGUGAUUUAAUAUAUAAAUCAGAAUAUUGAGUAUAGUUAAUAUAUACACGUGUACAAUGGACAGGUUCAGGGUGUGAAGUAUUAGGCCUCGGAGGUGGGAUAGCUAAAGGGAGUUCUGUUAAACACAGCGGAUUGCAGCUAAGCAUUUUCUGGUGUGAAAAAAUGGCCUUUACUUGUGUUGCUUCGGUACAUUUUUAUUUUAAGUGUGUGAUGAUUUUUCUUUUCGUUUGUCGAGUAGCAUGGCGUAUGUGCGGCGCAGUUAUCUUAUUCCCAGCCAAGGUGCCGUGUUGGGAUAUUGUUAGCCCAAAGCAACCCGUUCUCCACUUUGACCAUGACCUCCAGGGUACUGUAAGAUUUCAUGCGGGCUGUCAUAGUGGCGGCCGACAUCGGAAAUGGGCUCUCCGUCGGCCUCGUUACGUCUGUGUAGCAUUACUGUAACUGUACUGUACCAUAAGUUUCAUUUCCGGAAUUCGAUAGAAAAAUUUGAGGACAGCCAGUCCUUUAAAUUCCCAGAAGAUGAAGACACCUCUAUCUAAGACAAAUUUGAUAUUAGAAACACCUCACUUUGCCUCGCACCUGUUUGAAGCAAAUAGCAGGGGACGUGUUCGAUGUUUUGUCUAAUUUUCUGAAUGUGUCAUUAAUAUGGUGAUCUCCGACAGUUUUGUGAAGUAGUGUGUUUACUAAAGUUCAUGUUCUCUAACAGAUUUCGUAGUAUAGAGAGGUUGGGUGCGAGUUGAAUCUGCUUAUUUAAUUAAAAAAACAACAAGUAUUUGCUUAUAAAGGUCCACGGCCUGGUCAAGUUUGUGUAUUCGUUGGGGACUGAAAUGGAUCAAUCAUGGGGAGGUUCUGACUCGUGAAGCUGUUCAUCUUAUAAAAAAAAACAUGUCAUUUGAUCACCUUAAUAUAUUGUUAUUAUUAAUGUUAUUAUUUUUUUGAUUUAUUGUUAUUAAUACAGAAGUGCUUUACUGCUGCUAUUAUUGUUAGUGCUAAACAAUUAAGCCUUAAAUGUACAUUUGUGAAUACUGUGUUUAACCCAUUUUAAAGUGACAGUAUCUGUUCUGUGUGAUUCGGUAAUGUAGCAUACUUGAAAUCAAAAGCAUUUUGCGCAGGUGUAAGCCCAGUUUGAUAGAACUGAUUUUUUUCAGUCUAUGUCUUGUGUGUGUUUGUGUGUAUAUGUGUGUGCAUAUGUGUGGGAAAUCUGCUUUCAUCCAGGUACUAUGUUGCAUUUUGCUCAAUGUAUUUGUUUUAUUUUACCGAUGUGAACGGAGGUAAAGAAGGCCUUAUAUUUGUUUUUCCUUGUCCUGUGAGGCUUUGUGUUAACCAUGUCAGUCCUUUUAAAGCCAUGAUCGCAGUGCCCAUUGUCUGCCUGCUGUUAGGGAGAAGAAGAGAUCCGAAGUUUGGUUCUUCCCAGUCUCCCUUUGUACUCAGGAAUACCGUAAACAGAAUUAGUGACUCCAUGCUAGACCUUAAAACCUUUGCUUUUUUAUAUUCAGGGUAAAAAAAUAAUCCUAGACUACUUUCAAAGUCACUCUCAAGGAUAAUUGCGUAAUUAAUCUGACCUUCUUACUAAAAAAAUUAUAAAGCAUCCCUUAAGAUUUCUAAUAAUUGUUUUGUUGCACCAGUCGUGAGUAUAUUGAAUCCCUGCUGUAUUGUGUAAUUGCUUAGGGGUUCACAGUUGAACUUGUUAUUGAUGUUUUUUGACACAAAAACUGCCCAAAAUAAUUGGGGUUUCUAGUUGGCCCUCUGAGAGUUACAUUGGCAUUGCAGGUACUUCAUCGUCUCCGUUAUAUUGAUACACACUUGAUCUUGAGAGUUUAAUCAGUCAGUCAGUUUCCCAGCAGAGAGGUUUAGGUUUAUUUUAGGUUGUUUUUGUUAGUAUAGUGGUUUUGAAGUUUCUGUUCCACUAUGCCUUGAUGCCUAUAACUGGUAUUGAGAUACUGAUGUUGUUUUUACUGCACCAUAUGAAGAGAUAAGUUAUGUUUGAUAAGAAGGUGUGAAAGUUAGUUUUCAAUCCAUAAUAUUUGUUUAUUAAAUCAUUUCAUUUUUAUUUACUGUACUACUAUCUUGAUAAUGAUUUAAGCCUGAUGGAUGUCUGUGUGUGUGCGUGUGUAAAAGGUGUACAAUAUUUCGCACAGUGUACAAUUUGUGAUACUGUCACUUUAAAAUCAAGUGUGUAAAGUUACUUAUACAUAGAAAACACGUGAAAACGGCAAUGUUUAUUUCAUUUUGCAUUUCUGUACAUGUCAGAAGUUUAUUUUUGUUUACUGAUGUGAAUAUUACUGUGAGCAGUGCCAUACGUUUAGAUAUGUCCGUCAUGUUUGUUCUGCUACCCUGAAAAAGGCCUUGUUAGUGUAAAGAGUGAGUGAUGUUCAAGCGUUCAUUUUCCUCGAGUUCCUGUGUCGCAUCUUUGGCUUGAUCAGUGACUAGGCGCGCUGCGCAGAGUGUUCCGCGUAUGACGUCACGGUCUCGCGAGAGCUCUCGCGAUAUCUGGAUGUCAUACGCCGGUCGCGUUGCCCUGCGUGAUGUCCGUUUACUGGAACGUCUCAGAUCAGACCACAAGAGGGCGCUCGCUCCUCAUUUUGCCAUAACUUACCUGAGUAUGUCAGGCUAUUAUUUUCUUGUGCUAAUUCUCAUAUCAUUUUGGAAGUAUGCACAGCGCUAUACUGUUAUUAAAUGAAUAGAACAAAAACAA